AUGGAUAAAAAUUUCCGGCACACAGUCUCGGGCAAUGUCUCGAACUCCACCCAAGCCCUGUCAUCAUCUCCCAACUCCCAUACCUUCACGCUUCUCGAGAUACCGUUGUUCCCAAUCCCACCAAUGAGGUACAGCUUGCUUGCCACGUCACUCGCCAGGCGGACGAAAGUCAGCCCGUCUGGCAGCCCGGCCCGCAAAGUCUCCCAGUUCCCUGUCGCUAAAUGGAAGCCCACGACUCGAAAGGGCUCGGGCGUGGAGAAGAAAAGGAGACCACCUGAGUAUUCCCGCCAGGACUCGGUGCCGUUGGGGGCGGGGACCAGCGUGGCAAGCUCGAAGUGGAAAGGGCAGAAGGGGAACGUCACGCGGCGCGUGGAUCGGCUCAGGGGGUUGCACACGACGAAGCAGGAGGAGGUCGGGGACGAGAAGCAGAGGAGGCCGCCGGCGGACGAGACGAGGGCGGAGGAGGAUAGAUUUGGAGGGAGGGAGAGGGAGGCGCCGUGCCAGGAGCUUGCGGCGGCGUUGAGCAGGGGGCAUAUCCGGGAGAAUUGGGGGUGGGAGAGGAGGAUGAGGGAGGAGAGGGGCGGGCGGCGGCGGGAGGAGAAGGCGGAGAGGGGGGAGGAGAGGAGGAAGUUGAAGUGUUUGCAGGUGGAUCUGAGGGUAAGGAGGGUUUUGAGGGGGAGAAAGGAGAGGACGAGCUCCAGGAGGUGCUCCGGCAGGCGGCUCCAUAUCCGGGAAUCCAUCAUCAUUUUCUUCUGUGGUUAA